UCUAGUCUGCUGUCAUUUUCGAUUUAUUAGCAAAAUAAUUUUUUCAAUAUGUAUUUGCUAUUUCUAUAAAACUCUACUAAUAAAUUGGACUCAAGUGAUUCAUUCUAAAUUUAUUUGUUUUAUAUUAAAAUACAAAGGUUUGGUUAACCGAAACAUCAUGGAAUUCGUGGACAUGAUUCUCACUCCAAAACUGGACAAUGUAAUAAUGCAUGGCCCGUUCCACGAGCCUGUAGAUGGUACACUCUGUAUUACUGGUCAUCAUUUGAUUCUGUCCUCUCGAAAGGAAGGCGUUGAAGAACUGUGGCUUCUUCAUCAGAACAUAGACUGCAUAGAAAGGAAGCCAAACAAUGCACAAGGUGGAGGAAUAAUCGUUAUAAAGUGCAAGGACUUUCGAAUUAUUCAGCUAGAAAUAUCUCAAAACGAAGACUUCAACAAUGUGGUGCAGUCCAUUGAGCAGCUGCUUACAAUUGAUGAACUGACAAAACGAUACCCCUUCUUUUUCCGGCCAAUGUAUCCGAUAUUGGAAGAUGGCUGGACUCUGUUCAGGCCAGAAACUGAGUUCAGUAAACUGAUACAGGGAGAGGAAUGGAGAUUAACUCACGUUAAUAGCGACUUUCAGAUUUGUCCGACUUAUCCCAAUAUUCUGUUGGUACCAAAGAAUAUUGAUGAUGAAACAAUUAUAGCUGCAGCCAAGUUUAGAGAAGGAGGUCGUUUCCCUGUGUUGAGCUACAAACAUGAAAGUGGCGGUGUUCUAAUGCGUAGCAGUCAGCCGUUGACAGGUCCAAACUCAAAAAGAUGCAAAGACGAUGAAAGACUUCUCAACUCAGUGUUAGGACCUGGUACCAGAGGAUACAUCAUUGAUACUAGGAACUCCAAUAUUGCCCAAUCUGCCAAGAACAAAGGAGGUGGUUUCGAAAUGGAAAUUUUCUAUCCGCAGUGGCGUAGAGUUGUGAAGCCCAUAGACAGACAUCAUGUCUUGUCAGAUUCUCUGUCCAAAUUGGUUGAUGCUUGCAACGAUACAACUUGUACGAUGGAUAAGUGGCUGAUUAGAAUGGACUCGAGCAAUUGGUUGACUCAUCUCAAGGACACGCUUAACUGCGCUUGUCUCGUCGCCCAGUGUCUUGAUCAGGAUAACACUUCAGUUCUGGUGCAUGGAUCGGAAGGCCUUGAUGCCACUCUACUUGUCACCUCUUUGGCGCAGAUAAUACUCAACCCUGACUGCCGUACUGUCAGAGGUUUUGAAGCCCUAAUCGAACGCGAAUGGCUACAGGCCGGUCAUCCGUUCUCAACGAGACAUGCGCAGUCAUGCUAUUCACCCCGCCGUGCCCCCAAGUCACAAGCGCCUACCUUUCUCCUGUUUUUGGACUCUGUGGCCCAGAUACAGACACAGUUUCCGUGCAGUUUUGAGUUCUCUAAUGGCUUCCUCGUAACUCUGUUCGAGAAUUCUUAUGCGUCUCAAUAUGGUACGUUUUUGGGUAACUGUGAGGCUGAUCGCCAGCGAAUUCAGUUGUCGAAACGAACGACAAGUCUGUGGUCCUAUCUGAACAGGCCCGAUAUACUGCAAACCUUUCUGAACCCCAUGUAUGAACCUAUCAACAAGGUGAUAUGGCCCACUGUUGCACCUGUCAGUCUGACGCUGUGGACAGAGCUCUUCUGUCGAUGGGUGGUUGAGCAGAGGGAACAGUCGGAGGCCUGGAAGAGUAUAGCCGCCCUCAAAGAGAAGGACAAGGAACUCCGUCUCAAGGCCAGUCGUCUCCGGAGACAGCUGAUCGAUUUAGAGAAGGAGGCUGCUAGACUGGGCGUGGCUACCACUGGAUAAGGAUGACGAUAAGGACUGGAUACGCUUCACCAAUCUAUAAUAUAAUAAAGGAAAGAACUGGCUUAUACAAGUACGGGAUAGAAAAUUCACGAAUGUCGCAUCAUCACGUCUCAACUACUCAACUGAUUAACUUGAAAUUUCGCAUAUAGAUUCUUAAUGUACCGAUGAUGGUUUAUAGACCUAUUUCUAAUUCUUCAAGAUAUUGAUACUUCCAAUGCAAUAUUAUAUUAUUAUUUAAAAUAUUGUUAAAUUGAUGUUCAUAUUAUAUCAGUAUUUUGUAUUAUUAGAGCCUGGUGCUUCUAUAAUUAUACCAAUCUUGAGGUUUAAAAAAUAUUUAUAGAGAACUAGUCUAUAUUAUACCAAUCUUGAGGUUAAAAAAAUAUUUAUAGAGAACUAGCUAGCGUCGGCUCACCAAUCUAUAAUAUAAUAAAUGAAAGAACUGGCUUAUACACGUACGGGAUAGGAAGUUCACUAAUGACGCAUCAUCACGUCUCAACUACUCAACUGAUUAACUUGAAAUUUCGCAUAUAGAUUCUCAAUGUACCAAGGAUGGUUUAUAGACCUAUUUCUAAUUCUUCAAGAUAUUGAUACUUCCAAUGCAAUAUUAUAUUAUAAAUCAUUGUAAAUAUUGUUAAAUUGAUGUCCAUAUUACAUCAGUAUUUUGUAUUAUUAGAGCCUGGUGCUUCUAUAUUAUACCAAUCUUGAG